AUGAUUGAUUUACAUUUUCAGGUGUUCACUGAUCGAUGCAGAGAUCCAGGUGUUUUUAUCGGUUACAAGCAUAUACGAGGAUGUAUGGAUCGUGUAUUGCGACAUGCCGUGCUUCUACAUUUCUCAUUUUUCUUUCUAAAAUUCCAGAACCAAUGCCGGACUCUUUCCCGAGCUCAUCUCUUCAAUCCAGCACGAGCAAGUGAUCCACCAGCGAUUGGAGAUGUGCAGCUAUGUAGCUGCUAUGGAGAUCGAUGUAAUGGCAGCAAUUCAGCUGCUUUAACAAGGAUUCUCAUCCCACUUGCAUUGACUUUCAUAUUAACAAUGUUUUUGCAAUAG